GCUGCUACCAUAAUAAUACCAUCAUUUUCAGUCCAGUCCAGUUCCCAGAGUGAAAUAGUUUAAAAAAUAACUAUAUGUACUUCAGUGCUAUUCAGUUUCACACAACUUCACCAGCUGUUGUGGAUGUCAAUUUGUGAUUGGGAUAGAUGGAGAAAUAUCCCAGUUGCCUGUAUCAGUACUGAAUGAACUUGAAGAAGAUUUUCCAAGAAUGAACUGAGGUCAGCCAAAAAAAGAAAAGUAUAGUGGAGUCCUUGAUCAAAAUAGGAUAUUUGAGAUCAUGCAUUGUGACCUUGUUUGCUUAACUGCUUCCAUACUGCAACAGGAUCUCCCCUCUGAAAUAUGAAGUACUGACGACAGCAUGUAAAUAACGUGUCUCUGGAGGAAUAGAAUGGAGGCGAUCUAAAUUGAACAAAACGUUUGAGAUGAGGGGCAGAACCUCCCAACGAUGUCGUACAUUGAAGCUGCAUGAUAAGAAGCACAGCGCUCUAAAGCUUUUCUUCAGACAGAGGAGGACAUUCUUAGGUUUAGUGCCCAGUCGAAAAAUGCAUAAUCUGACUGAAUUUCCGGGCAAUGCAACUUCCAACAAAAGCCUGUCUGUGAUCAUCAAGGUGUGUGCGGUUAUCCCCUUCUUCUGCGUCUUCCUCUACUGCGUUGUUGUCAUGCUGCACAUUUUUGCAUCUCAGAGGCAGUACCUGGACUCCACACGUUACAUCCUGUUUGCCUCUAUGUUGAUCAAUGACACUCUCCAGCUUUUUUCUUCUGUGCUGCUCUUCCUCUUGGCCAUGGGCCGGGUGAAAUUCGCUUUCAUCUACUGUGUUCCUCUGCUAUUCCUUUCCACUGCCACUUUCCAGAACACACCUUUAAUCCUGGCCACCAUGUCUCUGGAGUGCUAUGUUGCCAUUUUCUAUCCGCUGCAGCGGCCGGCUGCCUGGCGCUCAGACCGUAUCUGGGUAAUCGUUCUGUCCCUGUGGCUCAUCAGCUGCAUCUACCCCGUCAUUAUCUACUCCAUAGGCAUGAGCAACCCUGCUGGAAUGGAUGUCCUCUCUACCCCUAUGCUUUGCAAAAGUACUGUUAUCAACACAUCUCAAAUCCAGGCUUUGUUCCAAAUCAGUGUAUAUAUUCUCUUUUUUGCGGUGGUGGCAGCUAUCAUCCUUUUUACAUACGUGAGAAUCUUGCUGGAAGCAAGGAAGCUGAGACAGGACAAAGUGUCUGUGAGCAAAGCCAUGCACACCGUGCUGCUACACGGCUUUCAGCUGCUGCUGUGCAUUUUGGCCUUCACUCACCCCAUCACUGAAAGUCUCAUCGUGCUGAAUGCCAACUGGCAACCAGAGGACAUUGCCUUUUUCAAUUAUUUCUGUUUCAUCCUCAUGCCACGCAUUCUCAGCCCCCUCAUCUACGGCUUUAGAGAUCAGAAUCUCAGGGGCAGCAUCAGGAAGACAAUUUUCUAUUGCUCAAACAAAGUAAAACCAGACAAGAGAGGCAAGCUUCGGAACAACUUAUCUGCUUCUUGAACUGGAUGAUUUACAGUAGUAGUUUUGACAGACCUCUUAAACUUUUGCAGAAAAGUCUUAAAAUGUACUUGUGAUGUUUAGUAUGUCUUGAAAUGUUUUAAAAAGCACAGACGACAGACUUCUUAAAAAGGCUUUAAAGGUUAUUAAGUCUGGAAUUUAUCAACAAAAUGACCACUUAGCAAUAUAUUUGAUUUUUCUGCAGUCAACAAUAUCUGUUAUCGCUAUUGAACAAAGGGGGAAAAGUGUGUCUCGUUUUAAAAUGUAUUCAGCAUGCAGGAAGCCAAUCAAUCCGUUUACAUGGCGGUUAAUGUAGCACCAUCAAUGCUGUCUACUAUUGCUGUUCAACACAGAUCAGGCAGUGGUCUUAUGUAUGUGCCAUCAGCAUCAAUAGAGGUCGAUUCAGAGAGUGAAUUCAAGGUGCCUUACAGAGUGCUGCUGGACUCCAUCUCCCGUUCUUCAAUUCGCACGCUCAUGCAGGAAUGUUUAACGGGACCGGAGCAACUUAUGCUUGCGGUCUUCUGUAUUUGCAGAUUAGUAAACAUAUGUUUAAUAUGUUGUGAAAAACUGAUAAGCUGAUAGAACACCACUUGUUGAAAUGGAUCAAAAAUUGUGUUAAAACACAAAAUUGUGUGUUUUUUGUUUUCUGGUUUGUUGUUUCUUUUCUG